AUGUCGUCAGCCCAGGUGGAUUCGGGAACGACUCCCUCGUCGAAGAGGCAGAACGGCCACAGGAAUAACAGACGCUCACAGAAGAACGGAGGUGUCUCUUCAGAGUUGAAGAAAUCUCUGGAAACACUCACAGAGCUCCUGCCAACGUGGUCCAUAGAUGAUCUGACUGCCGUGCUAGAAGAGCACUCUGGUGAGGACAUCGACUCUAUCUUUGAGUUGAUUGUCAGUGGCAAGGUCCACAAGUGGGACGAGGUGAAGAAAGAAAAGAAACAGCCAAAGAAGGAAGAGACCUUUGUGGCUCAGACCAGAAGACCACAGAGAGAGCAGGCCCCCAGGGCCGCUGCUCCAGCUCCUAAGCCCAAGGUGGUGAAGAAGGAAAAGAAAGUUGAAAAACCAGUUGAGAAGAAAAGCCUUGCCCCAGUGGAAGCUGUGAUUCCCGAUGGCACUGUCUCCUGGGCAUCGGCUUUGGCUGCUGCCAAGGAAGAGAAAAUAGUUGAGCCAGAACCUCAGCAGGAGGAAGAACCCAAGCAGGUGGAGCCUCAGCCUGAGGUCCCUCAGCAGGAGCCCAAGCCUAAGAAAAAUGCUAAGAGGGAUGCAAAGAAGGCGUCUCAGAAGCCUUCUGCUGUUGCUGCUGCACCAGCUACUUCCGCUCCAACUCAGAGUGCGGCUCCUCAGCCAAUCUCCUGGGCUGCCAUUGCCACUCCAAAAGCCGCUGCUCAAAAGAAGCCAGCCGAGCCAAAGCCUAAGAUCGAGAAGGAGACCCCAGCCGAGCCCGAACCAACCCCAGCUGUUGCCGAGGAAGAAGUCCCAGCCAAGUCCGAGGAGGUUUUGGAGCAAGUCUCUGAGAAGCUGGAAGAGGAAUCCACCCCAGUUCAGGAGACCCCUGCUGAACCAGUCCAGCAAGCUCAGGCUAAGGCCCAGAGGAGAUUGCAACAGGAUGCUCCAGUAAUUCUGCCUAAUGUUGCCAGUCAGAUAUCCUCUACCGGUAUCUCUUUUGGCUCUUUGUCUUUGCAGGAGAAGGAACAGGUUGUUCCUCAACAGCAGCAGCAGGCUCAGCCAGACCAACCACAACAGCAACAGCCACAACAACAGCAACAGGAUUACCACAACAACCAGAGAUUCAACCAGAACUACUACAACAACAGAAACUACAACCAGAAUUACUACCCACCUCAGCCACAGUAUGGUCAAUCCCAGAGCAACGCUGUUCCUCAACAACCUCAACAGCAGAGCAAGCCUUCCUAUGAUAACUACUACAACUAUCCUAGCAACACCGCUCAACCAGGCACUGCUGAGUACCCAGGUUUGGCAGCUAACAGCUACUUGCAGAACCAAUCUGCCCGGGUCCCAUCCCAGAACAGUUACGAGGCUUCCAACCAGUAUGCUCCUCCACAGUCUGCUCCAAACGUUGCCUAUAAUCCAGAGGCUCAGGGUGUUUCUCCAUCUGCUCCUCAGCAACAGUCUAUUGCAUCGACUCCUGCUGUUGGUACCAACCUGGCCCCAGGUGCUCCAGGUGCCGCGCCAAACGUGAUCAACCCAUUCUACUAUUACAACCCAUACUACUACGUUCAUCCAAAUGGUCAACAGUACUACUCCGGCUACUUCCAGCAGCCAGGUGUGAAUGCAAGUGGUAACGCUCAGCAGGUUGCUGGUGGUGCUUCUGCUCAGGCAGGUUACGCUGCUCAAGAUGCAGGCAAACAGGCUUAUGGUCAGUACUUCCAACAACCAAACCAGCAAGGUAACCCAGCUCAGACAGCUCAAUCUUCUGGUGCUGGUGAAGAAGAGUCCCAGACUUCUCAAGCAAACGUAUCUGCUCCGGGUCAACAAAUCCCUCAACAACAGUACAAUGCUUACUACGCUCAACAGAACCAAUCCCAACAAGUUCCUUUCGGAAACUACCAGGGUUAUCCAAACAUGAAUGAUUACAACGCCAACGCCAGAGGUUGGUACUGA